AUGGGUGACAGAAAUAGUAAUUUUAGUUGGCAAUCUUCUAAUUUUGGGGCACUGCAAGCACGUACAAAUGAAUUAUUUUAUAUUACGGCGGCACAAGAACCUCUAAGUUUUAUCCUAUCCUAUCCCACUGGAACCGGGGUACGUUCACGCAUUAUCCACAAAAUUAACACAGCGUUAAUUUUGUGAACAUAUGUUUUUAGAGCAUAAGAGCAUAAGGCACACAAUGUAGCAAGUCCAAAAGCAAUUUUUAAAACGAGAUUAAAAAAAUUAGCAUGAGAUACGUGUGGCAGUACUAUAAGUACUAAGAUACACAAAAUGCGGUAGUCAACACAUUAAAAAAUCGUAUCUCGUACGAAACCAGAUUGUUCUUUGUUCCGCAUGGUUUUUAAAAACAUUUUCUGGGGUUUUAUGAUGCAAAAUUUUUAAAGAUUUUCCAAUUUGGUUUGCGUGGUCGUUCAACAUCGGGGUCAUUAAGGUCUGAAGCGGAAGUUUACGUUUAAUAUAUUCAAACUAUAAUUUAAUCAUUUGCUUAGCCUUAGUUGCUUAGACAUCAUCUCAGGUAUCUCGUAAUAAUUUGUCGAAAUUUUGCUUGCUUUGAACGUCGAGAACCUCUGUCUAUGGUAAGCAGGAAGACGAAGACUGCUUGGUAUGUAUGUCGCUUGGCUUGCUUCACACUUUUCACAGCUUUUUAGUGGUGGCGUAUUAAAGUAUAAAGCAACGAAGUUUAGUUGUAGACAAAUAUUGUGUUCGUGUUUAAAAUGCCUGAAAAAGAUUAACAACACUUUGUCGUUGGGAUGGAACGCCCCCUUCGUCAACAGGUUGAUAGUAUUAUAGUAUAUGUGUUACGUCUGACUAAAACGGCACGUUUCUGCUAGUUAUGUCGAAUCAUUGUUUAUCAUUUUAUUCAGCCAUUAGCCAUAGCCGGUCACUGUACUGUAGACUGGACCCCCACCUAGGCAACGACAUCAGAUAAUCAGAAUGCGUUUUAUAUGUUUUAUUUUCAAGUCGUUCUGGAUUCAUAGUCAUUUGUGCUAAAAUUCAGUUAAUGUCAAAAUGAUUUUAUGCUAUUUAUUCUAGACAAAUGUUUUAUAGUGUCAUUUCAGCCCAACUUUUAAAACAGGCAUACGAGUGUAUGUCACUGAUAUUGUGACAUGCGAAUUGCAAACAUACAUUUCAUCACGAUCACCAGUAAAGGCGACUGGUGGUAUAUGGCAGAUUGUUAUCAGGCCAUUGAUAAUUUUAAUUAAUCAUAUUCUUGACUUAAAUGCUUUUCAAAAAUCGCAAAACUAAUAAUUAAGCUUUGUGAAUUGUGAAUAUUCGAUGGGCUUCAAAUAGGUCAUAUAUAUUGCAUCUUUACUUUUAGACUUUACACUUUUAAAUUUUAAUCACGUAUGCUUUAGAUUUAAAUAUAUAUUAUUUAGUAGGAUUUAAACUUUUCCGUGCAUAUACAAACGCAAAGGAAAUACAAUAAUAGAAAGCAGUCAUAACUUCAAGAGUGUAUAUUAACGUAUUAAUAAUGCGUUAUCGCAGUUUGAAGUCAAAAUUAGUAAUUUGCAAACUUUAAAAUCUUUCUUUGUUUUGGGCACUCCUAGUCGAACACACUCAAUGAAGAAGUAAAAAAAUACUGUAUUAUAUAGUUUUUUACUCUUCCUACGCUUCAAAUUCGCGAUCUAUCGAGUGUUGUAUAGUUUGAAACAAAUAUAUUAGGCCAAUAUUAAACUUUCCAGAUGAAUCUAGACUUACGAGUUUCCAAACAUUAGUAAGCUAAAAUUAUAUAAUCACCUAAACAAAUACAGUGAUUAAUCGAUAUUACAAAUCAUACUAUAGGAUUAGUAUAUGUAUAUAUAGACUAUAUAUAGAUUAUAGGUUGAUUAUAGGCUGUUGCUAACCUGCGAUAGCGAUAGGGUUAUAUAGGCUGCCGUUAGGCUGUUGGUUGCGGAGGUGUGGUUGAAAAUAUCCAAAAAAAAACCGAUAUGGAAAGCCGAUAAUAUAAUAUUGUGGAUAUAUAUCGGUAUUUUUCACUUGGGAAAGUCGCCAAAUCUUAACCUAAUUUAUGCCAAACUACCGACGUAGUACGUAAAGGUCUUUCCAAACGGAACACUUUUUCUGAAAUUGCCAAAAAUUUUACGAAAUCGUUUUUAGGUGGUUUAUUGAAUGGUUUGAUCAUAUAUAGUUUGAUCAUAUAUGGUUUGAGGUCAUAUAUGUGAUAUGGUUUUGAUCAUACAUCUAUAUGUAAUACGAAAGAAGUUAUAUUCGCUGACCUCAGAAUGACAUUUCGUCAAAAUUUUUUUCGUCAAGAUUGGUUUAGAAACAAACUUGGAGUAGGGUUAGGUUAGGGUUAGAGUUAGUGUUUGGAAUAGGGUUAGUGUUAGUAAAACCGAUGCUUUGUUACGUCGUGUCAUUCUGAGGCCAGCGAAACAGAUAGAUAGAUAGAAAAACUUUAUUUAUCCAUGCACGCUAACCCUGUCAACCGAAGCUGAUUCCCACAGGGGGCGUGUAAAAAAUAUAAAAUAACCUCUUCCAUGUGAUAUACUCGCAAAUUAGCUCAGUACUAAAAAAGUCACUAUUCAAAUUAUAUAUAGAUAAUUGUGAUGAUGUCAUUAUACAUAUUGGAUUGUUUUUGUUAUUUUUCCUUUUCUUUCCAUUUAUUUCCGCUUAUUUUUGCCCAGCUUACGUAUAACAUUUGCCCAACUUAUCGACCCUUUAAUUUUUUGCGUUGCUGUUCCGUCCCCCCUAUGGUUAUGUCUAUGUCUACCUUGCUGUGAGUGUACAUCAGCACAUUUUAAUCAACCUUUUCACAAAGUCAGGUGGUAUCUAAAAGAUACCUAAAUACUAAACUGUGUAUAAAGUCGAAAAUUUUAUACAGAAAAUUAUAUCGAGAGCACAUGCAGAACAUCUAAUCUGCGAUUAAAGGAAUUCUUCCGAAAUCGUUAUCCGUAAACAUGACGUUUUUAUAAUAUAAAUAUGCACACUAGGUUAGAUCCUUCUUGUAGUUUUGACAUAAAUCCAACAUUAAUAUUGAUGCAGUGGCCAGUGCGCCUCGUGUGAAUGCAAAUUAUAAUGAAUCUUUCAUUAUAUCGACGUAAGAGAUAGGAGAACUGAUUUAUUUUUUGUUUAUAGAAAUCUGUGCUUUCACUACAUCUGGGAAGUGCAACCGUGGCUGUUGACAAUUUUUCAAUUUCCAAUUAA